GCGUGGUUGCGUCAUAACGACAUGAACUGUUAUGUUUUCAGUAGCAACCGUUAUCCUGGACUGAAUAAAGUCGUUUUGACAGAUUGAAACAUGUCCACUCCACUUGAUGAGACAGCAGCAGAUGUGCCUGUCAGAGACCUCACAGUGAACCUGUCCCGACUCGCAGCAGUGACAGAUUCAUCUGCGUAUCAAAAUGCUCGGGCGCGACAGGACAUCUCACGGGUGUCCAGGGAGGAGCUGGAGGACCGGUUCCUGCGCCUCCAUGAGGAGCACCAGCUCCUCAAACAGCAUGUUCACAAACAGGAUGACAAGAUCAAGAAGCUGGGCACUAAGCUGAUGAGGCUGGUGAAGGACCGUGGUCGUAUGGAGCAGCUGGCGGUGGGUGGAGGUCAGUCGGUGUCCAGGGUGCGGGAUGUGGAAAUGGAGGAGAUGAUGGAGGAGCUGCAGGACAAAGUCCGGAGUCUGCAGUCAGAGAACGAGGGAUUAAAACAGCGCCUCCUUGUGGCCAAGCAGCAGCUCAUCAACUCUCAGAGCAGGAGGCCGACGCCGUACGGUCGCGUCCAGUCACGAGUCAACACCGGGUUAAAGAAGCUGCGAGAUGACGCUUCCUCUCCUUCUCAGACACGACCAAAAAGUACCCGCAGUUUGGAGGGAGGUGGGAGACCUCCGACCGGCCUCCUACCUCGAUUUGGACACAGCCUGCUCGAGGACGCGAGGGCUGAGAUCCGUAACCUAGAGAAUGUGAUCGAGCUCCAGCGCAGCCACUUGGAGGAGAUGGAGGGAGUGUCGGAGCAGCUGAGGGAGGAGCUGAGGAGGAAGGAAGCAGAAUAUGAGGAGAGACUUCUGCAGGUCCGACAGCAGCAAACCUCCAAACUGAGGUCACACAUCAACAGCAAUGUGACAAUGAUCAAACUGCAGAAGCAGCUGGCUGACAGGUCCAACAGCGUCACAGAGCUGGAGGGACGAUUUCUACAGCUGCAGGAGAGUCAGAGGACGCUGAAGGUGAGUCAUGAUGCAGCGAUGCUGAAGGUGGACGAGCUGUCGGCUCAGCUCAAAGAUGAGAGGCUGAAGAGUUUGGACCUGGAGAAACAGCUGCAGACAUCCGCCAUAUCCAGGCUGAACAUGGAGCAGCUGCAGGAGAGGAUCAGUGAGUUGGAGCAGGAGAGAGACCUGCUGAAGGACAACAACGAAAAACUGGUCAACAGUGCGUUCGAUGUGUCUCGACAGCAGAAGUGGCAGAUCCAGGAGCAGCAGCUGAAGCUACAGAUCGCUCAGCUGGAGACGGCGCUGAAGGCUGACCUAGUCGACAAAAACGAAAUCCUCGACAAAAUCAAGGCUGAGAGAGACUCAAAUGAGAAGCUGACAGAAGAAAAUAAGAAACUUCAGCUCCAGUUUCUGGAACAGAAGCAGCAGCUGGAGGAACUCAAUGAUCGUUUAAAAUUCUACAGCAGGGAGAACGAGUACGACGUAGCUGAACUCACAGAGGCGCUGCUGCUCAUUAAGGAGCGUAAAUCCCAGAGGAGUGGAGAUCUGGGCUUCCUGAAGGAGGAGCAGGAGGGAGGCGGCAGCAGCUCAGAGAGCGCCAUCCAAGAGCUGCGAGCUGCUCACGCUGAAACCAUCCAGGAGCUGGAGAAGACCAGAAACCUCCUCAGCGUGGAGAGCAACAUCUGCAAAGACUACAAGGCGGAGCUGGAUGCUGUGAAGAAGAAGAUGGACAGUAACAGAGUGGAGAGUGAGCAGCAGCUGGAACGACAGGCCGCUCUGCUCGACACGAGAGCCGCCAAGAUCAAGAAACUGGAAGCUCAGCUCAGAGACAUCGCCUACGGCACCAAAACCUACGUCUUCAAACCGGACAUGACAGACGAAGAUGAGGCAGAUGAGUUUAAUGAAACUCUUGACCUGGAGCGUGGAGAGAACCUUCUGGAGCUUCAGAUAGUCAGUGCCACACUCUCUCCAUCCACCCUGGAGGCUCUGGGUGACGUUGAACCCUCCACCUUCUGUACAUACUCCUUCUAUUUGUUUGAGCUGCACUCCACUCCGGUGGUGACAGGCCAGAGACCCAAAUAUGGCUUUACCUCUAAGUACGUGGUGAGCAUGGACGAGCAGUUCCUGGAGUAUCUGCACAGACAGUCUGUGACUGUGGAGCUACAUCAGGCUCUGGGGUUAGACUGGAGGACGCUGGCCACCGGGCAGCUCCGUCUGCAGCCGCUGCUGGAGCAGGACGGAAAAGUUCAUGGCACCAUGCCACUGGUCGGUACGUGUGAUGACGCUCGGUCCUUUGGCUCUGUGGAUUACUGGGUGAGGCUGAGGGUCCCGAUGACAGAGACCAUCCGCCUGUUUAAAGAGAAGGUGAAGGCUGUGGGCUACAUCAGCACUGCUCUGAGCCAAGACGCACAGCUGCAGACAGCCGGCGGCGACUGGAACGAACUCUCCAUCACAGUUGGACACUGCAGAGACCUGAAGAAGUCCAGAGGUUCCCAGCAGCCGAGCCCCUACGUGGUCUACAAGUUCUUUGACUUCCCCGACUACCCGACCACCACUGUCCAUGACUGCUGCGACCCCGUUCUCAACGACCUCAAGUCCUACUGCGUCUCGAUGGAUACGGAUCUGGACCAGUACCUGAAGUCUGAGGUGCUUCUGUUCUACGUGUUUGACUACAAAGAGGAGCAGAUGGAUGCGUACAUGGGGAAGGCCAGAGUGCCUCUGCUGUCACUGGCCAAGGACCAGCCCGUCACUGGUGUGUUUGAGCUGACCGAUCCCUCUGGACUCCCCGCCGGACACAUUGAAGUGACGCUGAAGUGGAAGUUCACGUACGUCCCUCCAUCAGGCUCCAUCAUGACUGUUAAAGAGUUAAUCCCAACAGAGACAGAAAUCAAACCAGAGCAGGACCAACACAGAGUGGAGGACGAGAGGAAAGAGAAAGAUGUUGAUGAGACACUGCAGGAGGAAGACAAACACCGUCCUCAUCAGCCCGUCUCGCUUCCUAAGGUCGCUACGUCGAAGGCUCCGCUGCCAAAACUCAGACAGAGGACGCACCUAAAGGACGGACUGACGGCCAAAAAGGUCACAUUCAUAGAUCCCUCAGCUGCACAUGACCAGGUUGAGGAUAGCGGCUCAGCAGGUGUGUCUGCAGAGACACACCUGCCUGCAGAGAGAAGAGACACAUUAUUACCUGCUGUAAAGGUCGUGACAGAGGCGACUCCAGCUGCUCAGCGCACCGCAAGGGAAGAGGAUGAUGAAGAAGAGUCUCACGUCUCCGAAGGUCAGCUGGUCCCAGCCAGCUCUCAGUCCUACUCCGACGACUCUGAAAUCUCCGAGGAAAUUCUCCAAGAUGUUGAGGAGGCCUCAGCAGCCAGAGAGGAUCAGAGUGAAUCGACUCAGUCCGACAGCGAUGACUGCAUUGUUCACGGGCAGACCGCGGGGAGGAAGCCGUCAGAGAGAGUGCGGGUGGAGGUGGUGUCUCUGAGCCUGAAGCCAGAGUCUCGGGUGUCCCGGGAUGACAGCGUGGUGCGUCUUUUUGUUGAGUACUCUCUGCUGGACCUGCCCACAGAGGAAACCCCCCUGUCCCUCCCCAAACCCCUCCAAGGCAAGAGCAUCAACUACAACUACAGCAAAGUCGUUCCUGUGGAUGCAGAGAAGAACGGGGCGAGGCGGCGGCUGCUGAGAGGAGUCCUGCAGGGACGAAACCCUCAAAUGGAGAGAAUCCGGUUCACAGUGGUGAGCGAGCCCCCGGAGGAAGAGGAGCAGGAGAGGGAGUGUGAGGAUGUGGGCGUGGCCUUCCUCAGGAUCCCCGAAAUUCUGGAGAGACAACGGGACCUGACGGAGACCAGCCUGAAUGUGUUGGAUGUUGAGGACAGCAGCGAGGUGGUCGGCAGUCUGACUGUGUCUGUGGAGGGACUGGAGGCUCUGCAGGCCAUCAUGGAGGAGGACGACGUGGAGCUUCCUUCAGUAUGAGGCAACAUCACAGACACAAACAUCACAUGAGACACAAUGUGUGUACAACCGCCAUCAUACUAAAACAGUAUGUGAGUCUAAUGUCUACUUCAUACACUGAGGACUGACUCGGUACUGAAACACUGAAACUGUUCAGUUUAUCAGACACUUUAUUUGGAGGUCGUGUGUCAUUCAGAGUUUUCACUGUGUUGGUGUUUUGUAGACAUGUUAAACAUGUUUUGAAGCAUAAGGGAACUCUGAGUGUUCGUCCUGUAUCUUUGCUCAGGGAGCACAGAUCUGUUUAUCUUCAGGUCAAAAUAAAUGUGAGUUAAAAACUGUAAAGUUUGGUUGAAAGACGUUUGUUUCUUCAGCCUGUUGGCAGAGAAGCUUCACUGUCUGCCACUUUAUUCCACGCUGAAAUAUAUUGAGAACUGUUGGAUGGACUGUGAUGAAAUGUGUUUCAGACUUUUGUUAUUUUUGUUCUUUUGCACAAACAUAACACUGCAUAAAAUCCAGAUAAUGGAAAAAAAAGAAAUGUGUCAGGAGAGGACAGGCUGAUACAGCAGACCUCCCUUUAACUUCAGAAAAAACUAGCAAUAACAAAAUCCAAGUCCACUAAAAACAGAGAAAUACAUGAUAAACAAUACAAAGAAAAAGAAGAAGAGACAAUAACCAUACACACACACACACACAUAUGUAUAUAUGUAUCUAUAUACAGGGUUCUUGUGGAUCCAUAAAAGCCUUAAAAGUGUCUUGAAUCAAUCUUUUAAAAGUCUUAAAAAGGUUUUUUAAUUUAAAUUUUAUGAAUAGUUUUUUUCUGAUUUUACAUUGCAAAAUAAUACUGUAAUGAAUCCCUCACAUUAAGAUCCCACUGAUCAGGAUGGUGGAACCAACCUCUCUCAUAUUUAGCUUCUGCUCAGAGCAGAGGAUCUGCUGUCACUGCACCCUGGACGACGUGGCAUACAUAUGUUAUUUUCCAGGCAAACAAGAAUACAAGGCAUGUAUUUUUUAUAGUAUGGAGGUGGACACCACUAAAAAGAAAAAUUAACAAAUAACUUUAAAAGGAAAGAGAAGAAAACAAACUAACAAACAAACAGGUCACAUACAUGUCAUCAUACAUUUCUCUACAGGGUCACACAGUCACAGAGCAGGUUCAUAAUUAUGUAGGCUUAUCUCCCAUUUUAAGAUGAAUCUAUAACUGGUCCCGAGGUGAUACUCCUUUCUCCUGAUCGCCAUUUAUUCUAUUCUACUGAACAAAUGUUCAUAAGAUGCUGUUUCCACCAUUACAUUAACCCAUUCUUUCACUCCAGGGCCUUUUUUGUCUUCCAGUGUUUUAGGAUAACUCGACAGACAGUUAUUAGACCCACAAUAAUAACUGGAAAUGCACACUUGGAUACAUUUGGUAUUUGGACCGAUCCAACAGUGAACACAACAUUGGACUUAAAGGGAUAACUGAACUAAAAAUUGUCUUUUUAAACAAGAUUUCUCAUCAUGGCUGAAACAAUUGAAUACACAAGGCUUGGUGUAUUCAAUGUCAAAAAAAACCCCAACAUCAUCAAGACAACCAACAAACGCCACGUAUUUUUAGUAUUGUAUUAUUUCUGUCCUUCCUUUGUCUCAGCCAUGCCCAGAAAUUAUUAUUUUUAUUUUCAACAUUUAAAGUAGAUCAGCUUUUUUACUGGAACAAAAAAAAAAAUCGUAUUCGACAGCCGCCAUGUGGACGUCUCAAUAAAAGCUGAACGUAAUAAGAUAAUAGAAGUUUUCUUGCAGGAGAGGAAGACAAACUUACUGAAGUACGUUUUAUAAAAAGCUUGAAAUGUAAAUGAUCUUAUUUAAUGUAUAAAACUGAACCUGAACCUUCAGAUUGUAUUACUGAGUCACAUGUGUAAAGGUGUGUUAAAAUACUGUAGAUGUUAUAAUGAUAUAUUUUAAAUGUGAAAAUGUUUUAAAGUUUGUACACUAGAGUUAUUUAAUGUAUUUCAAUCUCCAACUGUAAUAACUGUAAAUUUUCCUGUAGCUCAGGUUCUGGUCUCCGGCAGUAGAAGCUUUUAGUUUUUACAGGUGGAUGUUUUAGUGUCAGUGUGUUGAUAGCUGCUGAACACCUGCACAGUUACAUCAGGAUACUGUUUGUAAUGUUUGUUUGUGGGAGAGUGAAGAAAGAAGUUGGACAAGCGUGCCUUAAAUCUGAUAUUUCCUGUAUGAUGUUUUGUAUUGUGCUCUAAGAAAGAGUGUUUUUCUGUAUAUGUGGGGAACCAAAUAUCUUUUUACAUGUUUAGUUUCAUAAUUAUGAUGAAGCUGCUAAAGAAAGUUGGACUUAUUUAAAUGACAUCUUCAUUACAAACUAUCGGUCAAAAGAGCACAGUGACUAACUGAGAUCAAUAAAAGGUUCACAUAAUCCAAAACUGUAUAAAUAUAAACAGAUUCUAAUAAAAUGUUAAAUAACAAA